AAAGAAACGAAAUUAUCUUUCAAAAUAUUUGUCUUUAUUUAAUAAUUUAACUACGAAAUGGAAAAUACAAUUGAUCAAAUUUCAUUAAGAUCAGAAAGUGAAAACAAUCCAACGAAUAAUGAAGCAACUACUACUACUAUAAAUAAACCUUUUACACUGAAAGAAAGGAUAUCGUUAUUUCUGGGCACACAUUGGCGCGGCGUAUUGUGUUUAUUUGUACCAUUAAUUUUAAUUCCAAUACAUCUUUCGUUUCCUCCAGAGAAAUAUCAAUGGUGUGCGUACACUUUAGUCUUGAUGGCUGUAUUCUGGGUCACUGAGUGCAUUCCGUUAGCUGUGACUUCGUUUUUGCCAAUAGUAAUAUUUCCCUUGACCGGUAUUAUGAGCACGAAUGAGACGUGUUAUUGCUAUAUGAACGACACAAUAAUGAUGUUCUUAGGAAGCAUGUGGCUGGCAUAUGCUGUUGAACAAUCAGGCUUUCACAUAAGACUGGCUCUCUAUGCCAUACGAGCGGUUGGAUAUUCACAUUAUAAGUUAUUAUUUGCAAUGUGUUUUACAACAAUGUUUGUUUCGAUGUGGAUCACAAACACAGCAGCUACUACCAUGAUGGUUCCUAUAAAUUUCGCUUUACUUCAAGUCUUCGAAGAUCAAGGUUUGCUUAAAAUAUACGACACGGGAAUUGAUGGCGAAAAGAUUGCAUCAGAUAUAACUACCUGCUACUUCUGCGCUGCUACGUUUUCAGCAACCAUAGGUGGUGUUGGAUCGCUAGUGGGAACAGCUACGAAUUUAGUUUUCAUAGGACUGUUCUCUAGAAUGUAUCCGAAUGCACCUGAAUAUUUGUCUUUUCCAAAAUUUUCUGCUUUCGCAAUACCUUAUAUGUUACUAAUGGAGAUAUUCUUGUACUUGUAUCUCAUCGUGGUGUAUUUAGGAUACUUAAGACCAAAUAGCCAAGCUGCUAAAAAAGCUAAAAUAACAGCGGAAGGAAUUGAAGCGGCUAAAACUACAGUUACUGAAAAUUUGGAGAAAUUGGGGAAAAUAACCUUUUGGGAAAUACUUGUUAUUAUUCUGUUCAGCAGUGCAAUUUUAUUAUUCUUUUGUCGUUCUCCUCAAAUAUUUACUGGUUGGGGAGACAUCAUAUCAUUAUAUUUUGGCACCGAGGAUAAGAAAUUCGUAAAAGACUCGGCAGCGGUUAUGUUAAUCGGAUUUCUGAUGCUAUUGUUGCCGUCUUCAUUGUUAUUUUUUAAAAAUUUCACAUCAAAAGAACAUGGCGAGUUACCAAAUAAAGGAAUACAAUCAGUUUUAAUUUGGGACAGAGUGAACGAUAUAAUGCCGUACAGUUUUAUGUUUCUUCUGGGUGGAGGGUUUGCUUUAUCAAACGCAGCAAAAAAAGACUAUACGGAUUUAAAUGGGAGAAUUGGAUUGUUACUAAAAAACAUGAAAAAUUUACCAAAUAAAUUGAUCAUACUUUUAAUAAUUAUUUUUACUGUAUUUACGACAAACUUUGCAUCUAAUGUCGCCGUUUGUAAUGUGAUUUCGCCUAUUGUUAUGCAACUGGCACAGGAAAUAAAUCAAAAUCCCCUGUGGUACAAUAUAGCGGCAGGAUUUUCUUCUUCCUACGCCUUGUGCUUACCAGUUGGGACACCUGGAAAUUUAGUGGUCCAAAGCUCUGCAAAUAUUCCCACUUCAAAAAUGAUAAAAGCCGGCUUUGGACCGACGGUAUCAACUAUCAUAAUAUCUUGGUUAUGUGUCUGUUAUUGGGCGCCAGUUAUCUGGCCCGAUUUACAUAACUUACCAAAUUGGAUAGAAUAGAGGAAAUAAGAGAACGAACAAUGAUCAAAUGUUUGUCUUGUAAAUAAAUUGAAAAAACUAAACGUACGUUUAUUAAAAACUUAA